AUGGAAGAGAGCGCCAGCCCCGAGAGACAGCCUUUGCUGCCGCCGGCUGCUCCCCGCCGUGACCGAGGGCGAGGACUUUUCUACGCUGCCCCGGUGGGGGAGGACGCGGGAAACGGCGGCGGGUCCGCGGCCUCCUCGUCUCCCUCUGUCGGGCGCGUUCCUGAUGACUACGAUCUCUACUUCAAUCAAGCUGUGGUAUUCAUUGAAGAUGCAAUUCAGUAUCGUUCCAUAAAUCACCGUGUGGAUUCUAACUCCCUAUGGCUUUAUCGAUGGUAUUAUUCAGAUGUUUGCCAAUGGAUUUUGAUUGCCACCAUUACCCUAAUCCUGGCUCUUGCUUUCAUUGAAACACCUUCUUCGCUUACCAUCACGUCCGAUGUACGAUAUCGUUCAGAGGCCUGGGAACCUCCUUGUGGCCUGACUGAAAGUGUUGAACUCCUUUGCUUCAUUAUCUUUAUAGCAGAUGUCUCUGUAAAGAGUUAUCUCAUAGGAUGGGAAGAAUUUCGGAAAACCAAGUGGCUAGUAGCGUAUAUCCUGGUGCUUUUAGCCUCCCUUGCAGAUUGGACUGUUUCCCUGAGUUCUUACUGUAAUGAGGACAUGGUGAAAUCUUGCAGUGUACAAGGAAGUACUGUCAUGGGGAAAUGGCAGAAUCUGAGAAUAAGACGAAUCCUUCGACCAUUCUUCCUCCUUCAGAACUCUUCAAUGAUGAAGAAGACAUUAAAAAGCAUUAAGAGGACAUUGCCAGAAAUUGCAAGUGUUAUGCUGUUAUUAGCUGUUCACCUGUUUCUCUUUACCAUGUUUGGCAUGCUGCUAUUUGCUCGAACAAAGGAUGCACAACAGGACAAGGAAUGGCAAGGGUAUUUCCAUAGCUUGCCAGAUUCAUUGACUUCGCUUCUGGUUCUUCUGACAACUGCAAAUAACCCAGACGUUAUUAUACAAGCAUGGUCUGUAGACCAUGCCUAUCCUAUUUUUUUUGUUUUUCUUGCAGGAAAUUUAUUUCUGAUGAACUUGCUUACAGCAAUAAUAUACAAUCAGUUUCGUGGGUAUCUCCUGAAAUCUGUUCAGUCCUCACUUUUCCGGAGACGCUUAGGGAUUCGAGCUGCAUUUGAAGUUCUUUGCUAUAUGAAAGAGACAUCUAUGAAUAAAAAUAUCUUGCGUGUCCAGUCUGAGACCUUAGUUCAAGUACUCCAGAAAGUAAAAAUGGACCCCUGUUGCAAAGAAACAAUCAUUGGGAAACUUGAGUCGUAUCCUCCUGGAGGGUUAUCAGCUGCUCAGUUUCAGAUACUUUUUGAUGAGCUUGACAAACAUAAAGUUAAAGAGAGGCCUCCCAUGCCAGAUUAUCAGUCGCCUUUUCUACAGAGAGUUCAGCUUCUCUUCAGUCAUCGUUACUUUGGGUAUUUAGGAAAUGCUGUGGCUCUAGCAAACAUUUUCUCUGUAUGUGUGGUCAUGGUACUAGAUGCUGACAAACCACCUGUUGAACGAGAUGACUUUUUCUUAGGGGUUAUAAACUGUGUCUUCAUGUUCUACUAUCUCAUGGAAAUGUUGCUGAAAAUAUUAGCGUUGGGAUUAAAAAGAUACCUAUCGUACCCAAGCAACAUCUUUGAUGGACUUCUAACUGUGGUUCUGAUGGUUUUGGAGGUGUCGACGUUUGCUGUGUAUGGAUUUCCUCGUCCUGGCUGGAGACCUGAAAUGUUGGGCUUGCUGUCUCUGUGGGACAUGGUCCGUCUAGCAAACAUGCUGAUUGUGUUCAGAUUUUUGCGGAUCAUCCCUAACAUCAAGUUCAUGUCUUCAGUUGCCAGUACACUCCUGGAUCUGGUGAAAAACAUAAGAAGCUUUGCAGGGAUCUUAGUGGUGGUGUUCUACACAUUUGCAAUAAUUGGUAUGGAGCUGUUUCGGGGCACCAUUGCUCCCAUGGGCGACAUUGGUGUGGCGAAUAUGACAAAGAGUAAUGUCACCUUCCUGUGUGGCACGUAUGAACAACUGGAGUAUUGGCCAAACAACUUCGACGACUUUGCUGCAGCACUGGUGACUCUGUGGGAUGUGAUGGUUGUGAACAACUGGCAGGUCUUCUUGGAAGCGUAUUCCAGAUACUCAUCUUCGUGGUCAAAACUGUACUUUGUCACCUGGUGGCUGAUUUCCUCUGUCAUCUGGGUCAACUUAUUCAUUGCCUUACUUCUGGAGAAUUUUAUUCACAAGUGGGAUCGUCGCUGCCAUCGGCCAUCUCUCUCAGAAGUUGAAUACCAAAUGACAAUGGAACUCAUGUUCAGGGAUGUUUUGGAAGAACCUACAGAGGAAGAGCUGAUUGCUGAACUCCAUCACCAUCCACACAUGCAUCUUUGUAGAUGACACAUGGGUGGUGAAACAGUUCGUCCUCAUCGUACCUGCAUGCAGGUUUUAUAGUUGGAAGAAAAAUAUUAGGAAUCUUUGAUUUUACAUUUGAAUGUCCCUAAUGUAUAAGGUCUCAAAAGACUGUUAUCUGAAAAACAUUUUUUAAACUAUAAUUUUAUUUUAUUUUAAGUUGCCUUUUAUGGGACUGCUGAACGGCCUCUUUAAAAACCUGGCGGGUUUAUGUGAAAAAGCAACGAGGUACCUUUAAGAAAGGGAAAUUAAUGUUGCACUUUACAAUGAACACUAUGGAAGAUGUACCUCCACCGCACUGGCUUGCUGCUAGCAUUAAAAACAAAACACAAACUCUGUAAAUAGAUGCACUUCCUUCCUUCCUUCCAUCCUUCGUUCCUUCCUUCCUUCCCCUUUUUUUGAUGUACUAAGGACAGUGCCUUAAUAUUACAAAAUUGUUCUGGAAAAUUACUAAAUUUGGGAAUUGAGAUGGGGCAAUUAAAAUGGUAAUUCAGCGGCAAUCUCAUAUGUCCUGAAGUAGCCGAUCAAUGAUAAGAUGAAGAAUAGUACAGUGGCAUUGAUAACAUUGUUCAGAAUGUUAAUAGCAUUUGCAUUCAGUGGGUCCUCACAUCAACUAUGCAUUCUACUAAAGUUGUAGUGCAGGGGACUCAAUCCAAAUGGUGAUUUUAGUGGGGGUGAGGUAGGGUGGGAGCUUUCUCUCUUUCUCCUCUUUGCCCAUAAUGUAUCUCACUGGAAAGUUAUAUGUGAACUCAAAUUGAUCCCUUUUUGACAUAAUAGAUUAUAACUGUAGGACACUGACUAAUGUGAGUACCACAUCAGAAGGCUAAACCCCCCACAUCCCUGAAUCCCUAGUGUUUAUGUUGGAACAAGGACAGGCUAAGUGUGUCCCUCCUGUUACUCUAGGACAGCAGCUCCCACCCUGGCGAACACGGACAAUGGUGAAUCCUGGGAGGUUGAGUCCAGCGACACCUGGAUGCCUGCAGUUUGCCCAACCCUGAAUUAGAAUAAAAAUGUGUAAAAUAAAAAAUACAGGUGCCUUUGUAGUAGGAUAUGCUUUUGCCCUGUCCUUGAGGCCACUGUAAAGGAAGUGGUUUAGGAAUAGCAGACCUGCUGCAUCUUCUCCUUUCAUUUAGACAAAUGUUCAUACUUCCUGCCCAACAGCUGGGUUUGAUUGAUGGUGCCUCCCAUAUCUCACAAUAUUCAUAUAUGUCUUAAUGCAGUCCAGGCGAUAAGGUCC